CACACAAAGUCUACACACACACAGUCUACACACACACUCCACACACACACAAAGUCUACACACACACAGUCUACACACACACUCCACACACACACAACGUCUACGACACAAACUGCAGGCGGUGCAAGGGACGAGAGGGAUGCCGCCACUGCUGCCCGCAGGAGGAGCUCGGAGCUGAAGGAUCGGAUCCGGCUGCGAGGCGCCGCGAGGAGCACGCCGACGCGCGCGGAGGGAGGUAGGAGCAGCCCGUCAUGUCCACCCACGACCUCUCCGCAUGCUCCUCCUUCUGCUGGGACCCCGACACGGGGGCCUCCCUCGUGGGGGGCCCCGUCCAGCAGCACCAGCAGAGCACGGCGCUCAGCGAGGACAUCUGGGACAAGUUCCAGCUGCUGCCAACUCCCCCGCGCUCCCCCAACCGGGACGCCGAUUCCUCGCAUCACCACCAGCACCGCCAUCAGCAGCAGCAGCAGCUGGAUGAGCUGGAUGAGCAGGAGGUGGAGGAGGCGUGGGGGGGGCUCGUGGAUACAACGUGGGGGUGCGAGGAGCAGGCCGAGGAGCUGGGGGAGAAAGCGGGGGGGAGGCCCCCCGUGGUUUUGCGAGACUGCAUGUGGAGCGGCGGGGCUGCCAAGAGGCGGCUGGAGGCGUUCGUGUCGGAGCGCCUCGCCGCGUUGUGGGACAGCUGCGUGCUCAGGGCGGCGUCGGGAGGGGGCGAUGCGGGCGGUGAGCAGCUGCAGGGGGGAGCGGCCCCCGGAGCGGAGCUCCUCCUCGGCGGGGCUGUGGCGGGGAUGCUGACACAACAGCAGUGGAGCCGGGGACCCGCGUCUCCCCCCCGUGGUGAGAGGCGCGGGAGGAGGAAGACGGCGUCGGAGGGCGAGAGCGACUUGAGUAGCGAAUCUGACAGCGAGGGAGGGGGACGCGAGGGCGGCGACGGCGCGGACGACGGCGAUGACGACGACGAUGCCGACGAGGACAACGAGGAGAAGGGAGAGGAGGAGGAGGAGGAGGAGAUCGACGUAGUCACGGUGCGUGCGCCUCGACCGACCGGAGCCUGGCACCGCCCCGCUCUUCCCACCUCGUCCACCUCGUCCACCUCGUCCACCUCGUCCACCUCGUCAUCCCUGCACCGCCAGCAGCACAAUUACGCGGCGGCCUCCCCGCGCGAAGGCUCGAGGGGCGCCCCGCGGCCCCGCAGGCCAGCGGCCCCGCACGGGGACGCGGAGCCCGGGGGCCCGGCGGAGGCCGCGCGGGCCCCGGGCUCCGCCGCCUCCGACUCGGACGAGCCGUGCGAGCGGCGGCGCGCUCACAACAUCCUGGAGCGGAGGCGCCGCGACGACCUGAGGCUGAGCUUCGCGGCGCUGCGAGCGCAGCUGCCCGAGCUCGCGUCCCGCGACCGCGCCGCCAAGGUUCACAUCCUGGAGCGGGCGGCCGAGACGGCGCGCGAGCUGGGCGCGCGCGAGCGCCGCCUGCGGGCCGAGCGAGGGAGACUCCGCGCGCGGCUCCACGCGCUGCGCGGUCGCCUGCGGGAGCUGAGCGGCUGCGGAAGGGGGGACCCCCACGUGAACUGGGCGACCCCACACUGACCCCCACCCCACACUGACCCCCACCCCACACU